AUGGAUAAACAUACUCUGUCUUCGCUUCAAGAAGCAGCUGGGGAGGUGGCAAAAAGUGUUCACAGUCUAUCUACAGAGUCCAGGGAAGGUAGUAAAGACAAUGGCAAGUCUGAGGCUACUAGGCAGGAGCUCCUGGAUAGUGUAUCACGGCUUCAGCAACUCGCACUGCGGCCUGAUGAGGCUCUGACGCAGAUGGUGGUGCAGCACCAGCAAUUUGCUUCUAUACAUUGGCUUUGUCAUUUCCGCAUUCCCGCCCACGUGCCCUCUCGACUACAGUCCAUUGGGUACGCGGAUGUUGCCGCUAUAGCAAAAGUCUCGGAAAAGACGCUUCGGUCCAUCGCUCGCAUGGCUAUGACGGCCAACUUCUUGGGCGAAACCAAGGAGGGGCAGUUGGUGCACACCGAGCUGUCGGAGUGCUUCAUUCAAGAGGAUGGCCACUUCCAGAACUGGAUAACUUUUAUAGCCCGACGUAUCGUUCCUACGAUGCAUAAGAUGGUUGAUGCUACUGAAAGGUGGGGUGAGACAAAAACCGGUAACGAGACAGCUUACAGUCUCGCCAUGGGCACUGAAAAGUCUUUCUUUGAACACAUCAACUCCACUCCCGAUCUGGCAAAGGAAAUUGGCGGAUAUAUGAGAAGUCGCGCAGUCAUUACUCCGCAGAGUGGUGUUGACGAUUUGAUCCAAUACUUUGACUGGGAAGGGCUUGGAAGCGGCCUGGUCGUGGAUGUUGGAGGCGGAGAUGGCGAAAUAGCCAUUGGCCUUGCGAACGCAUUUCCACAACUAUCUUUCGUCGUCCAAGACUUGCCGCGUUUCAUCGACCAAGGCAAAGAGAUCGCAAAGAAGCUAUCGCCGGCAGUCUCUAGCCGAGUUGAGCUGCAAGUUCAUGACUUCUUCAAUGACCAGCCGGUCAAAGAAGCCAGCGUAUAUCUCAUGCGAGGCGUAUUUCACAACUGGGGCGAAGAGGACGCUGCCAAGCUUCUCGAAAAAACCAUAGCCGCCAUGAAAGCAGACACCAAGAUCAUCAUCGUAGACAUGGUACUCCUUGCUCCGGGUUCCCUUCCUGCUUACGUUGAGGGCAUGCAACGGGAGAAGGAUCUGACUAUGAUGCAACUGUUAAACGCAGGGGAGAGACAGUGGGAGGACUGGCACAGCCUACUGCAGAACGCAGGGCUGAAGAUUGAGAGCAUCACCAGACCCAGCGGUAAACGGGAGUCAGUGAUGGUGGCUGUUUUAGCUAAUAACACCAACGGAAGCAGUUAA